GAUAGUUACAGACAUUAUUGGAAACAUGCUCGAUUAUGUGAAUGCUUCUGUCAUCUCUUCCAUGGAAGGUGUUAUAGGAAUCAAGACUUAUUUUGUUAAAGACAAAAGGCCUUUCAUAAGCUUCAAUCGACACUUCAAGGAGAUAUUUCAAUCUAAGUACCCCGAGGAAUAUAAUUUUGAGCCUGGAAUACAUGCAAUAAGAGCAUUUGAUAGCAUUAUUGUUAUUACGAAUGCCUUGAAUAGCAUACGUGGCAACAAUAGGUCUCCAUCAAUGCUUCUCAAAAGCAUAUUGCUAAGCAAUUUUACUAGUUUAAGUGGUAGAAUUCACUUCCAAAGUAGACAAUUAUGGCAAUCACCACUAUUUUCCAUUGUUAAUGUCAUUGGAAAGAGUUAUAAAGAACUUGGGUUUUGGUCAUCAAAGUUUGGUUUCACAGAGAACAACAAGAGCAUUAAUGAUGAUGGUAGUGAUGACAACAUGGAAGCGUUGGAAGAUUUAGUAACUUGGACGGGAAACCUAAAACAUACCCCAAAAGGACGGGUAAUGCUUACUAAUACAGAAGCGAUGAGAAUUGGAGUACCAAGUAAAACUGCUUUUGAAAAAUUUGUGAAGGUGGAAGCAAUUAGUAAUUCAACUGAGAAGAGGUAUUCUGGUUUUUGCAUUGAUGUUUUUGAGGAGGUCUUAAAAAUUGUUCAGAAGAAAUAUCCCAUACGUGUUGACUAUUUUCCCUAUGAUGGCACAUAUGAGGGACUAAUUGAUGAAGUCUUUUACAAGACUUUUGAUGCUGCCAUUGGCGAUAUAACAAUAUUGGCCAAUCGAUCAAAGUAUGUGGAAUUCACUCAACCAUUUAUAGAGUCACGACUAACUAUGAUAGUUACAGCAAAGCCUGAAGCUCAGAAAGCAUGGAUGUUCUUGAGGCCAUUCACCAAGGAAAUGUGGGUAUUUACUAGUGCAAUCUUGUUCUACACUGUCUUCAUAGUUUGGCUUUUGGAGCGCCAAUCAAAUCCAGAAUUUGAAGGCCCAUGGAGGAAUCAGCUUGCGACAGCUUUGUGGUUCACUUACUCAUCGCUUUUCUUCACUCAAAGAGAAAGGGUUCAUAGCAAUUACACUCGCGUGGUAGUUUUGGUAUGGCUUUUCGUGGUCCUUGCCUUAAACUCAAGCUACACAGCCAAUUUGUCUUCAAUGCUCACAGUGUCAAGGCUAGAGUCGAGUGUGACAAAUGUAGAGUGGCUAAGGAGAAACAAUGCAAAGGUUGGCUGUGAUGCUGAUUCAUUUAUAGGGGAUUACUUGGUGAACAAUCUCAAAUUCAAAAUGGACAAUCUCAAGAAAAUCCACAGUGAAUAUGACUAUCCUUCUGAACUGCAGACCUCCAACAUCACUGCAGCAUUCCUUGAACUCCCCUAUGAGAAAGCUUUUCUCUUAGAAAACUGCAAUGGAUACAUUGCUACUGAGCUUCCCGACAGAUUUGGUGGAUUUGGAUUUGUAUUCCAGAAAGACUCUCCAAUAGCUGCUAGUGUUUCUGAAGCCAUUCUUACCUUAUCGGAAAAUGAAAAGCUAAAACAAUUAGAAGCUCAGUGGUUCACCCCCUCGAAAGAAUGUUUAGCAUCCCAAACUACCAUCACAAAUGACAACCUGAACUGGCAAAGUUUUUGGGGUCUUUAUGCCUUCUCCGGUAUCACUUCUACUAUUUGUUGUCUUUUAUUCUUCAUUCACCGGUUUUAUCAACGCCGUCAUCAGGUAAAGGAAGGCUACUCAACUACAAACCAUGAGGACUUGUCAAUUGAGUUGGUUAAGCUUGUGGAUGAUCAGUUGGAUGGUCAUUCAAACAUGGCAACAAAUAAUCAAUUACUAGAACCAGUCGUCAUAUCUGAUGUGUCAAGCUAUAGAAACCCUCAUCUUUCAUAAUCUAUAAUUGGGGAGAGGAAUCAAAGCUUUUUUUAAUCCACCAAUUUCUAAAUUCGAACCCACAUUCCUGACUUGCUUUGCCUUUGAAUCUCCCCCUUCCAUUUCAGAACUAAAAAAGAUACAUGCAUGAAUACAAAUCGCAUAAUAUUCACAAAAGGUUCCUUUGUGACUAUUUUAUUAUUUGUUUGUGAAUUCAACACGUGCAACUAAAGUGAGUGAUGCAGCUAAAAGGAGCUUGAAUCUUGUUAAAGAAGGUGAGACAACACAUCUUCAAUUUGUAGACAAUCUUAUCAGCUUUUGUAAUAUUUGUUGGUUAGUGGAAUAUGUGACCCAAUUAAUUUAUUAAAAGAAUAUUUAUUUU